CUUGUCAUAUUUUAUUUUAUUUCCGCAUUCUUAAAUAUCAGAGGUUACGAGUUGUAAGCCACCAAAAACAAAUACUAUAAACGUUAUAUAACAUUAAAAAUAAAAAUAUUAAAAUACAACCAAGGAUAUAUUAACUUGUAAAACUGUUAUUUAUUAAUUACAACUUUUGGAUCGAAACGACUUCGAAAUUGCGGCUACCUGAAUGAUACGGCCGGUUGAUUUGCCCGAUGCUCUAGGAACAGCAUGUUUACUGUCACCGUCUUAAAGCCAACCCUUUAGACCUUUAGAACGGUUGUCUGUGUUAUGUUACUGGCUGUGGUUUCUACUGCCGCCAUGAAAUGGACGUCGUGGACUGGAGAGGUCAGAGGAACUUUUAUGAAGUUGAAAUUACUACUCACUAGGCAUCAGGUUGCCUGAAUCAGUCGCAGGACCAACGCAAAAUAGUUAUCUGUGAUGCGAGAGAUAGGAGCAGGUUGUCACAGUCAGCACGAAAAGCAAAGCAAACUAAUGAAUCGGGAGAUGCGAGAAAUGCCUGGGGGACUUCUUCCGUAUACCAGUGUCUUCAUUGAUGCAGGUAUGCCAGAGUUUACCUAUGCCCUACUGCAGUGUGUUAGAUGUAGCCAUGAACGAGAAGUUCUGAUCCAGAAGCUGCAAAAGCUGUGGACCACACCAACCAACACCAACCAUGUCCUGCCACUUCUUUCCGUUCGCUCAGGCUUUGACCUUUAUUUAAGGAUUAUGAAGUUCCCUCCAGGGUCAGAAGUGAUUAUGUCAGCUGUGAAUAUACCUGACAUGGUUCAUAUAGUAAGACAUCACCAGCUUCAGGUGGUUCCUCUAGAUAUCAGUAUUGAUACCACAGCACCGAAAGUGGAGCUUCUAAAAGACAUAGUUACCCCACACACAGUGGCUAUUGUCAUUGCCCACCUCUAUGGUAAGAUGUGCUCCAUUGACGACAUUAUCUCAUUUGCCAAAGAAAGAAACAUUCAAGUGAUAGAAGACUGUGCAGAAUGCUUUGGUGGCUUUGAGAAGCUGAGCCAUCCUGAAACAGAUCUUGCUUUAUUCAGUUUUGGUGUAAUAAAAUUGCAUACUUCUUUUGGUGGCAGCAUAGCAAAAAUCAAAGACAUUGACAUGUACAGAAAAAUGUUGGAGCUUCAUUCGACAUACAGGUUACAAACCCGACUGGCUUACAUGAGAAAAGUUCUGAAAUACAUCGUUCUGUAUUUUUGCCUUGAUGUGCCAUUUGUGAACAAAAAUGGCAUUCGUGUAUUUCAGACUCUUGGUAUCAACCACAAAGAUUUCGCUAUCAAGAUGCUUCGAGGGUUUCCCAAAAAUAUGCUGGAAAAUAUUCGCAUGCAGCCUAGUGAUGCUCUUCUGGCUACAAUGCUGAGAAGGCAGAAAUUGUUUUCUGAGUCAGAUUUCUGCCUGCAAAGACUGAAAGGAGAGUACAUGGCUAAAAGAUUACCAGACAGCCUUGAUAUAGUUGGGAUAAAAGCUCCAGUAAACAAUUAUUGGCUUUUCCCAGUUUUGGCUGAGAAUCCAGACAACUUUGUUUCCUUGCUUAAUGCCCUUGGAGUGGAGGCCUACCGUGGUGCUACCCAGCUAACCGUUGUAGAGCCACACAAUGGAGACCCAGAGCCCUUUACACCCUCCCCUCUAGACACCACAUCAGUGAUCAACAGCUGCACAGCUUAUGUACCAGAAACAAACUGUGGUGAUGAUACUAGUGUUUCAGUGAAAAUACCGGCUGUGAACAAACGGUACCCACAUGAAGCAAAGUACCUCAUAGACCACGUGGUAUACUUGCCCAUCAAUAAGCUGGUACCUUUCCAUCAACUGAACUGUAUGCUACAGGCUAUUCGCCUUGCAGUAAAUGUAGACAAGGUAGAGGUAAAUGGCAAACUGAGGGUGAUGCUGCCAUCAAAAUUGUGAUAAACAACAUAUCAGUUAAAACCUUACCCAGUUGGAACUGAAUGUGUGUUUGAUGAAGUGUUGGAAUCGGUGUUUUCAGACAUCAGCUUCUAGAAUUACAAGAGUCAAUCAGGUGGCAUAAGCACCAGUCAUGCUGCUGAAAGUCACAUUGUGAUAAUCAAAAUAAUGCAUCUGAAUAGUUUUUACAUAAGGCUUUACAGAUCACACUGUAUUAUGCCAGUGCCCUCAUGAACCUCGUGCAACGCAUUUUAUACAAGAAUCUUUUUCAUAGAAUCUCUUUUUUGCUGUUACUUGUUAGCCACAUUGUCCUGUGAUAAUGUACUGCCUUAAAAACACUUAUUCAUGAAUCAGUCACAUAAAAAUUAUUUUUGUUAACAUUUAUUCCCACAUUUUUAAACAUAAAUUUUAGGUUUUUAAGGUUUUUAUUGCUAAGAGUUAAAGACAUUUUCUGUGAUUGUUGAGAAAUUUGACGUGUGUUUCUUCAGACAAAUUUAUAUCUAUCAUACCUAAAUAUGAAGUCUUCCUGAAAGAGGAAUCUCUUGAGAAAAUGUUUUUUGUUCUUAUGUUUACUUUCUUUACUGUUAGUGAGGAGAUGAAUGAAGGAAUGAAUCAAGAUUUACAAUAUAACUUUUAUUUAUUAUAUCACUGCAGAAAAGACUGAUUUAUGCUUAUAAUUGUACAAUUACUGUAAAACUUGUAAUUCAUUUGGUUUGUGGUUGGUGAAAUGUAUCUAAUAAUGGUGCAAUGAAGGAAUUUAGAUUUUUUUCUUUUCCCUUUCAAAAAAAUUUUUUUGGGGGGAGGGGAAGUACUUGUGUAUACGUAUAAGCCUUUUUUUUUAAUAAAAAAAAUGCAGAAAAAGUAUUUACACAUGUAAGCCUAUCAGAGAAGUAUUUAUAUCAGGAUACAAAGGGGUUUUUUUUUUUCAUUUUUAAUAAUAAUAGAUUUGCUGGAUUUUUCACAUGAACUAUCCUUUUCUUUUUGUACAGGAAUUUCUUUCAUUAUUGAUACCCUGUAAAUAGCUUUUAGAGCAGAAAGCCGAAGAUUAAUAAUGUGACUGUGUACUGAGGCAAUGUGUCUGCUUAAUUGCAAAAAUGAAAAAUAUGAACUUUGUGGUUAAUUGAAAACUUUUAAAAUACAUUCCAACAAGUUGAAGAUUCAGCUUUUGGUUAGAGGAGCUUUCUAUACACUCAUCAUUCAGCAGUUACUGCAGUAUUCUUCAUGGGCUUGCUUGCCAGUCAAUGGACAAAGUUCUAGGUGGUUUUAAACAACCUGUCAAACUAUUAAAAUGAGAGAAAAAAAAACCCAAAUGUAAACUGGUUUCUGUCUGAUGGAUACAUGUAUAGAAAGUUUUCAUUACAAAUACCAUGAUCUAUUGCUUCAGUAUUUUCCAUAUAUAAGGGAUCUGCAGUACCCCAUCAAGUAAUUACUGUGUUAGAUCAUCAGCUGCAACUGAAGAGUUUUAUAGUCAGAAAAAAAUCAUGUUGAUAUUGUCAAGUUCACCACAUCCUUUAUUUUAAUGGACUAUACUGUCAUUUGAUAAAAUAUAUUGGCAGAUCUGUAUGCAGAUGGUUUAUUACCUUUUUCGUUCCUAAAUGGUCAGAUAGUGAAAAUUUUAUGUAAAUUAUCAGUUUUAUCUGGUCUGUUUGUUACCUCAGGUGCAGGUUUGCUAUUCAUGCUUGGCAUCCAGUUUUUUUUCUUGACCCAUAAAAGUUUUAAAGAGCUUUCAGGCUAUGAUAAUUGUAAGAUCAAUUGCUGCUCCAAAGAUUUGAGAAAAUCUGUUGUUUCACUUUGCCAAAUCCUACUGAUUGCUUCUUUAACUUUUUGCUAAGCCAUUGAAAACGGUUUUAGAAAUUUUCUUAAGCGCCGACAAAACUGCCUGUAGAGACAUUCGUAACUCAGUACUUUUUAAUAUAUAUAGUAUAUUUAGGUCAGUCUAUUAAAAAUGGAUAAGCUAUGCAAAAACUUUCAUGCUGAAAGUUCAUCAAUCUGCUGUAGCAAAAGGAAUUUUGUCUUCUGCUUUGAGUAUACGUUAUUGCCAAUUGCACCAGGGUUUCUUUUAACCAGCCGUUUGACCUGGCAGAGUAACAUAUUUAAAUCAUUUAUGUUUGAAUGGUAUGGUCCAAAAUUAUCUGGUUUUUGCAUAGUCUUUGGUUAGAGCUCAUGUUGACACUUUGCACACAUGUAUAAUAUGCUGCCAUAUAUAUGGAAUGUAGAGUGCAUUCAAAAUUUUGAAUGAAUAUUCAGUCUUCCAGAUUUAAAGCACUAUACAGCCCAUCACAGUGAUGCACAUGGCUCUUUCUAGUAAGUUCCUUUGUCUUUCUGUGAAAUGAGAUCUCUGACCUAAAUUCUGAAGUUUUACAUUCCUGACUGAAUCAUUAGUUUGAUCCCAAAUGGAAAUCGUUUAUGCUUUUAAAAUUUUCUUAAUGUGAUAUGGAACUUGUACAUGAUUUCCACAUGCUUUUAGUUCUCCAUGAUGGGAAGUACUGUGCCUGUUACAGAACAUUCUAAUGAUUUUAGAGUAUAUGGUUUUGAUAAUUAAAAAAACUGUAAAUACCUUCAAUCAACAAAAUGGUAUCUGACCUCUUCAAAAUGCUGGGUGCUCUUUAAGCAUACUUGGAAUAAACCAUAAUUGCAUCUAAA